CGCAGAAAUAGUGAAAACCCAAGAUGUCGUCUUCCUUCUUCCUCAAGCCAGGCGCCAAGGGCACCAAGAAGCGCAAGAAUCCCGCAGCUGCAGCAACAACAAAAGGAAAGCCCCUCAAAAAAGGCGGAAAACCGGGAAAAUCUUCAGCUGCCGGAGGAGCAGGAGGCCCACUACCAAAGAAGCAGCGUCGACCCAAGGAGGACGACGAGGAGAUCGCCAGCGAGGAUGAGGAGUACAACAGCGACCUGGGCGGCAACACACUCGCCUUUUCCUCCGACGAGGGCGAGGAGGAGACGCCGCAGGACAAGCGGCUCCGUCUGGCCAAGCAGUAUCUGUCGGAGAUCGAGCGACAGGAGGCGGAUCGCGCCGAGGAUCGGGAGCUGGCGCAGAGCGUGGAGCAGCGCCUGCAAACGGAAUACCUGGACAGCGUGGGCAAACUGCGACGGAACAUCGCUGGCAGCCUGAAAACCUGCGAAUCGAGUCGCAUCCUCAAGCACAAGAUCCACCACACGCCCAUCUGCGCGUUGGCCCUCAGUCCGGAUGGCAAGUUCCUGUACACCGGUGCCAAAUCGCAAUUCCUACUCAAAUGGUGCACGGAAACGGGGAAGGUGCUGGACAAAUCCGAUGUCCUGUCGCAUCGCGAGGAACCCGAAACAACCAAGAAGAGGCGCUCCCAUGUCAUCGCCAUCUGCCUGUCCUCGGACAUGAAGUAUCUGGCCUUGGCCGAAGGUGGUCCCCACAUCCAAAUCUGGUGUCCGCAGACAAUGAAGCAUGUGAAGACCCUAAAGGGACACCGAGAUUGUGUGGCUGGAUUGGUCUUCCGCAAGGGAACACACGAUCUGUACUCGGCGGCCAAGGAUCGAUCGGUGAAGAUCUGGUCCCUGGACGAGAUGGCCUAUGUGGAGAGUUUAUUCGGUCACCAAACGGGAGUGACCAGCAUAGAUGCACUCAGUCGAGAGCGAGCCAUCACUGCCGGCGGAUCGGAUUGUUCCCUGCGCAUCUGGAAGAUCACAGAGGAGUCGCAGCUUAUCUACAACGGGCACAAGGAGAGCAUUGAGUGCGUAAAGUACAUCAACGAUGAGCACUUUGUGUCUGGCGGAAUGGAUGGUGCCAUCAGUUUAUGGAGUGCUUUGAAGAAGAAGCCCAUUUGCACGACACAAUUGGCGCAUGGAAAAGGGGAUAAUGGCGUGGCCAACUGGAUAACAGCCAUUGCUGUUGUGGUCAACACGGAUUUAGUGGCAACAGGCUCCUGUGAUGGUUGCGUUCGUCUCUGGCAGACUAAUCCUAAUGCGCGCAAAAUGCAACUCAUCCAGAGCAUAUCCAUCGCUGGCUUCAUUAACGGACUGACCUUCAAUGGCGAUGGCACCAAGCUGUAUGUGGCCGCCGGCCAGGAGCACCGCCUGGGUCGCUGGUGGCGACUCAAGGAGGCCAAGAACCACGUAGUUGUAGUCGACGUUAAGUUGCAGAGCGCGGCCAGCAGUUAGGUUAACUUUUAGGCUUAAGUAAAGUUGUAUAGUUCUUUUAACAAGAUACGGCGUGAAAAAAAUACAAACUAAAUGGCA